GAGGCGGACACGUUUCGAUUUCAGCUUCAGCUGGCUCGCGCUUGAGUUUGCUUUCAGCGGGGUCGCGCUUGAGUGUGGUCACGAGCAGGACACUGUGCACAGUAUUUCUCGGCAAGUUGCGUGAGGUACUUGCCCGUGUACCGCGAAGCCCGAAGACGGCAAAUGGCGUAUCUUGACGCUUAACAAAUUCAGACCCACAAAUCAAGGAACUGUUAGAGCAAAGCAUUGUUACACACCCUCCUAGACUGGAUACCAUUUUGACCUGGCACCGAGGGACAGUAACUUGAUCACAGUGGUAGAGUAACGAUAGCCCUUGGAGUGAUUUGGGAGUUCUGUACGAUUAACGGAAUUUGGGAAUUUUGUUAUGAAUUCCGUUGUUUUAUUUUGGAAUUUGCCAUCAUGGCAGAAGGAGCCACAAUGCAGGUUUCAGUGGAAAGAUGGAAGGCAGCCAUCAUCUGCACUGUUGUGGAAAUGUGUCGUACAAGAUCUCAGAAAGUUCCUGCUGCAAUGGUAAUUUAACUAACGGGUUAAGCCAGCUGGUUUCUGACUGCUGUGAUUCUGUAGCUUACAAUCCCCUUAAUGAGAUUUGCUGUGGUGGCAGGAUUCUGACUCAAAGCAGCACUCAUGCAAAAUGCUGUGGCAAAGUCCUGUACCUGACAACAACUCAUUUGUGUUGUGGUGGCAACAACAUAUUUCAAAGGAAGGAAAAUCUUUUUUGCUGUGGCAAGGAAACGUAUGACAUGACAACCCACUGCUGCUGUAUUAAUCUUGCACUAGAAGUAAAGCCAAAAAAUGAAACUUGCUGUCCAAAAGUAACAGAUACUGAUAAAAGAAGAGAAUCCCAGCAAGGCUCUCUUCCCACCAGCAAACUCUCCAGAAACUUAGAAUCCAAGUGUGGAACAAAACCCUACAAUCCCAAUAAAAAAAUAUGUUGCUCAGGGAAUCUCUAUGAGAAGGCUUCAGCACUUACUAAGUGCUGUGGCACAGAUGUCUACACUCUGUUAGAUGACAAUGUGCUGUGCUGUAAUGGAAUUCUUCAUCUCAAUGUGCCUGAGCAGUCAGAGUGUGUUGGAGGUGUUAUAUAUGCUCCACCAAACACUUUUUGCCAAAUGCCUGCCCGACCCCGUCUUGGUGAGCACUGCUGUGGAGAACAAACCUUCAAUCCUCGUACACAUAUUUGCUGUAAUGGACACAGCCACAACAAGAUGAAUGGCAAUUUUUGUUGUGGUUCAGAAGUCUAUGACCACCACAACCAGUUGUUAAAAUGCUGCUCAGGUCAUCUCUACAAACUUACACGUCUAAGUGGGGAAUGCUGUGGAAACCAUCUGCUGGAAUAUUAUAACAAUCAAACUUGUUGUUCCUCUUCAACCAAUUCUAUAAUAUAUGACACCAAACCAAACCACCAUUGCUGUGGGCAUUACUACUUCAACACAUCCCUGUGGAGCUGCUGUGCUGAACAUCUCAAACCAACACCAAAACCUAACAGCUCUCUUGCAGAAUACAGGCUUAAACCUCUAACAGACCUGAUCCCAGAUAUGUGCAAUAAAACAGUGUUCUUUGGUAAAGUGGAGAGUUUGGCACUUAAAAAUGAUCAGCGUCACAUUGUGUUGAAAGUUGUUGGACAGGUCGAUGUAAAAUCGGAAAAGGUCAUCAAAGACCCUUGGCUUCAUGUGUCCAUGGAUCACUGCAGCUCUCCUGACACAGAGAGCGGCAUGACCUACCUUUGGGAGGAAAACCAUGAUAGGAAGUACAAGCUUCUCUCUCACCCUGUUGACCUAACCUCUGACAUACACAUGUUCUAUGCUAUAUGUUACCAAAAGAAGGGAUACAAAUAUAGAUUGAGGUCCAUUUCCAAUCAUUUCAAACCAAAUUCAAAGCAUGCUGAUUGCCAUGAGACACUGUUUGGAGUGUGCAAAGGGGAUAGUUCACCCUAAAAAUUUUAUUUUCUGUCAAUUUACUCAUCCUCAGGCCAUCCAAGAUGUAGGUGACUUUUUAAUUGUAAUUUUAU